AUGACAAUUGGGUGCAAACCGUUCUCUGUCCUGGGAUCCACCGGGUCGAUCGGCACCCAGACCCUGGACAUCAUCGCGGAGUUCCCGGAGAAGUUCAGCCUGGUGGCGCUGGCGGCCGGCUCCAACAUCGACGUGCUGGCGAAGCAGGUGAUGCUAGGCUGGGGUGGGGGCGUGGUGGUGGGUGCGUGGUGA